AUGGCAGAAUGCAGAGCUCGAAAACGUGCGGUAGUGUUGGUUCCAAUGCCCCUUCAAGGGCACAUGACUCCAAUGCUUCAGCUGGGGAGCAUUCUUUAUUCUAAAGGGUUCUCCAUUGUAGUUGCACAUUCUGAAUUCAGGCCUCCCAAUCCUUUAAACCAUCCUGAAUUCAUCUUUCACCCCUUGUCGGACGAUUCAUCUGGCUAUAAGACUUCUUUAGUGAAUUUGAUGGAUCUCAUAUCGGCUAUCAACAGCAAUUGCAGAGCACCUUUGCAGGAGUACUUGGGUCAACUCAUGAAAGAUCAGAAGCUGGAGGGUUGCCAGGUUGCUUGUGUAAUAUAUGAUUCAGUCUUGUUCUUUGUUGAUUCAGUGGCUACUCAGAUGAAGAUUCCAGGCAUUGUUUUGAGGACUAACAUGGCUUCUUACAUGCUGCUUUAUCGCUGCAUCUUUCAACUUCAAGCACAAAAUCUUCUUCCUUUUCCAGAAUCUAGGCUGCAGGAACCUGUGUCAGAGCUCUAUCCUCUGAGGUUUAAGGAUUUACCCUUUUCAAUUAAUGCUGAAAUCUCAGAAGAGCUUAUGGAUUUCUUCGAUUCUAUGGUCAAUAUACGCUCUUCCGUGGCCGUGAUUUUUAACACAACAGAUUGUCUUGAGCAUUCAUCCUUGUCACUGCUUCAGAAACAGUACCAAGUUCCAUUCUUUCCUAUAGGGCCUUUCCACAAAAUGGCUCCAGCAGCAUCAACUAGCUUCCUAGAAGAGGACCAAACCUGCAUUGCUUGGCUCGAGAAGCAAGCUCCAAAUUCAGUGCUCUAUGUCAGCUUGGGCAGCAUAGCGAGCAUAAAUGAACAAGAGCUGACAGAAACAGCCUGGGGACUGGCCAACAGCGGCAUACCAUUCCUGUGGGUGGUUAGAUGCGAUUCUCUAAAUGAAGCUCAAUCAGUUGAUCACUUUCUUGAUGGUCAUUUCAAAGAAUCAGUUGGAGAAAGAGGCCUAAUAGUCAAAUGGGCACCCCAGAAAAAAGUUUUGGCACAUAGAGCUGUUGGGGGAUUUUGGAGCCACUGUGGCUGGAAUUCAACAAUAGAAAGUAUCUGCGAAGGAGUUCCAAUGAUUUGUAGACCACUUUUUGGUGAUCAAAGACUGAAUGCAAGAUACUUGACUUGUGUAUGGAAGGUAGGCCUUGAAAUGGAGAAUGUGUUGGACAGAGGAAGCAUUGAGAAAGCCAUAAGAAGACUAAUGAUUGAUACGGAAGGCAAAGAAAUGAGGCAAGACAUGCUGUUAAUGAAAGACAAGAUAGAAGCUAGUCUGCAGAAAGGUGGUUCUUCUUAUGAGUCCUUAAAUGACUUGACACAGUUCAUCAAUUCAUUCUCAACAGCAGCAAGGGAAUGA